AUGCCGAUCCGCGUUAGGUCACGUCCCGCGCAGGGCGAAGCUGCGCUCCGGACGCCGUCGCCAAUAGGCCGCCAAGCCCGCUUCGGUGCGGAGCUUCCCGACAUCCGGGACGACGACAAUUUCCGCGUGCUGGUCAAGAAGCUUUCGGUGUACAUAGCCGACGUCAUUCUGUUACCCGUCACUUUCGAGCAGCUGAGGACAACAAGCGCCGGAGACGGGCUGCGCGCCCUGGUCGACCAUCUGGGCCGCAACUGCACCCACCCCGCCAUUGUGAAUGCGCUGCUUGCACUCAAAUGGCAUUAUGCUGCCAUUACCGAGGACAAGGGCUUGAACGAGGCCCGCGCCAACGGGUGUGAGAUUGUCGCUUGGCGCUUUCUCACUCACCUCUCCGAGAGGGAGGCCGUCGACUAUUGCCUCUACGAGAUUCCAGAUCCGAAGCACGUCGGGGAGCAGAGCCUCAGCGACGAAGAGGCCGUCGUUGAUGAGCACAGCGCCCUUCUCGGCCAGGCCUUGCAUGGCACCGCAAACUCGGCCCGCCACGUCUUCAGCCGGUCGGGAAGCAGCAGACGCAACUUACUCCUGCAGUCCAUUUCCAACCUCACCUUCAGCAUGGCAGCUGAUGAUGACAACGACGACGAAGAAGAGGACCCAACGGCCCAUUUCACUAACCUUAAUGCCCUGGAGAUCGCUGCCAUCGCAGACGCCAAGCGCUUUCUCAGCCAGGCCAUUGUCCAGAAGAUCAUCACGGGGAUAUGGAACGGCGACAUCAUAUUUUGGGACUCCCUUUCGGUUCACUCGGUCAAGAAGCCACGUUUCUACAAGCCUAGCACCGCCGACCCAUUCUCCCGCCUGCGAGUCCCCAAAUACCUCAAGUCGUUCGAGGUCGUCUUCUUCGCUAGCUUCUUAUUCCUCUACUACGCCGUGCUAAUGGAGCGCGAUCCCACUCGGAUAACCACUUUGGAGGUCUUCUUGUGUCUCUGGCUCGCAGCGUUUGCUUAUGACGAGCUGAGCGAGUGGAUAGACGCUGGGUCCAUCUUUUACGCUGCUGACGUUUGGAACAUUUUUGACAUGGCCAUGAUAGGAAUUGGUGUCACGUACUUUGUUCUCAGAAUCGUCGGAUUGGAAACCGGAAAUUCUCGACUCGUUGACUUGGCCUUUGACGUCUUGGCGCUCGAGGCUUUGUUCAUGGUGCCUCGUGUCUUUUCCAUCCUCAGCUUGAGCCCUUACUGGGGUACACUCAUUCCCUGUCUCAAGGAGAUGGGCAAAGACUUCCUCAAAUUCAUGGUGCUCGUCGUCGUUAUCUAUCUCGGCUUCCUGACCACCUUCUCCCUCGUCGGCCGCGACUCGUAUACCCUCUACGACAUGGCAGGCUUCCUGACCCGAAUCUUCUUCGGCUCCAGCUACCUCGGCUUAGACAUCAUGCACAACAUCGAUCCUGUCUUCGGCCCGCCCCUAAUGAUCCUCUUCGUCAUGCUCAGCUCCAUUCUCCUGAUGGGCUCGCUGACCGGUAUGCUCUCCAACUCCUUCUCGCGCGUCAUUACACAUGCGCGGGAGGAGUACUUGUAUGUCUACAGCGUGUACGUCCUCGAGGCCUCCACCAGCAACCGCCUGACCCACUUCUAUCCUCCUUUCAAUCUGCUCGCCCUCGUCAUCUUCCGGCCGCUGCGUCUCUUUCUCCCGUCCGACAACAAGUUCCGCAAAGCCCGCAUCCUCCUCCUCAAAGCAACCCACCUCCCCAUCGUGGCAGUAAUCGAGUUUUACGAAUGGCUCCACGGCACCGCCGGCAAGGGGACGCAAUACAACGGCUUCCGCGGCCCACGCCACGCAACAACGAUCGGCAGCCCCAACCCGGCCGCCAAGCAGCAGCAGCAGCACCGCCUCCAGCAACAGCACAAGCAGUCCUCCUCGUCCUUGCGCACGGACUUAGCCUCCGCAAUGUAUCUCCGUUCGACGCCGCCGCCCCUUACCGCGAAUACCACCAGCGCCUCGUCCAGCACGGCCGUCUCGCGCGGUUACGCCAUCGGGCCCAAUGACUCGUCGCGCCUGACCCCGCGCCAGCAGCAGGCGGCGGCGGAAGCUGCCGAGGAACAGGCGUUUGACGAGCCGUCGACGGACGUGGAGGUGCGGAUUGCGGACCUCGCGGCCAAGAUUGAUCGGUUGACGGACCUGGUGGUGGCGCUGCAGGCGCAGCAGAGCCGCGGGUUGGCGGAUGUUUCUGUUGCUUGA